CAAAACCACGCCACCCUCUUCCCCGGGGAAGGACUUGAAGGCGUGACGAGCCUAAAUUGGUCGAAGCCGAGCACUUCUAAGCUAGCCUUGCUUGACCCGAUCACUGGUUGGCGGACACGGACUCGGUCAUGGGAAGAAGAGUUUUCAGGUUACCAGGCAGGCUAGCGUGAAUUUUUUCGCACGAGACACAGCACUUCUCUUCAGCUUGCAUUUGCGCUGUGGGGAAGACCGAGACGUCGAGGGUAAUGUGACGGACACAUAUAUCCCCCAUUUCCUCCAUCCAUCAAACCUCUUCCUCUCCCUGCGACAUCCAGCUGGAGACACCAUGUCGCUCUCUUCCCGUUUUGAGCUGCUCCCGCGGCCGCCGCGAUCGCGCCUGUCGCUUGGGAGCGAGGAGACGAGGGCCAUGCUGCCUGACUUUGUCGAGGCGCAACAGCUCCGCCAAUUCGUCGAACGCCUCUUUAUCUACAAGCUCGAUGUGCCUGGCUCUUAUGUCCAGAUCAAGCUGGGCGCAUGCAUCAUCGCCCUUCUUGUUGCAGUUGUCUCUCUCAUUUCACUUCGCCGAGUCUUCCUGAGGAGCUUCUGGCUUUUCCGGCUUGUCAAACGUCCUUCGGGAACGCUCGUAGUUCCCAACUCGGUGCUUAUAUUCUCCGUCGUCGAAGGAUUCUUCGGCAUCCUCUUCAUCACAUUUCAAUGGCUGGUCUGCGACUUCUACCAGCACAAGAACAUGCGCCCAACCAACUUCUGCCUGUGGUAUCUGCUCUUGUGGAUUCCACUCAUCUUCGCUCCCAUUUGGGCAGCCAAGGGCACCUAUUUUGCCCUUCCAAGCUCUCUCGAGCCGCUAGACAACCCUAAUCAGAGGUGGUACCUGCGACCAGCCUUUUUCAAUUUUCUAGGUCUGGCCGUUCCUACGAGCUUGGCGAUAUCCAUCUUCGUUCCCGCCAUUGUCGCAAAUGAUUUCUACCGCACAGCCUACCACGAACAGCUCUCCUACCUCGAGACCUAUGCCACCGCCACGCAACUAUCCCAAGACAUGGUCCAGGAUGCCCAGAGAGUGUGGUACGACGUAUUAAAGGCGAUCAGGAUCGUGAAUAUCACUUUCAUCCUGUGGACCUUUUGGGCGCUCUGCAUGUGCCUCAGCUAUUCCUACGUGUCAUGGAGGCUCAUUUCGGCCAUUUCCAACCAACUAAAAGCGUCAAAAGACCCGAUGUCCUCUGCGCGCCAGUGGCAACAGGAACAAGAACAACAAAAGCAGAUCGGCCGUGCUCAAUCGCAAACGUCCAAUUCGAUUUCAUCGGCAGGCGCUUCGGACUCGCCUGGCAUGCUGGGCAAUGCGCCUCUGCCCCAGCCGUCUUCCUUGCAGAAGUUGAAGGUGCCGGUCCGAUCAAAGAAAGUCAGAACGCCCAAAGACAAUUUUUAUUUCACCGAGGCAGAGAUGGAGAACGACACGCUUUCGACGUCCUUCUUUCCGCCUGUCAGACCCUCUCGCUUCUUUCAUACCGACCGGAUGGGGGACAAGAGAGGAGGCAAGGACUUGGAGGAGCGGAUGGAUGAGGAGGUGGAGAGUGGUGGCCAUCAUCAUCAACAGCCGCAGGAGCAGGAGCAGGAGCAGUCGCCGCAGUCACCAAGGGAUGUAUCCUUUGUCUCCACGUCCAACCCCCCCACAACCAAGAGAAGCGAAUUGCGCGGUGCGUACAUCCAUCUUUGGAUUCAAUUCGCCGCCAUCAGCCCGGCUUGCUUCCUAUUCGCGCUCGCAGCCUGCUCUUUAGGUGCUGGGUCUUACGGCCUCUACGAGCAGCCCAAGGGCACAGAUCUUAACGACAUGGGCGUAAAGUUUGAGAGGUUGUUCAUCUGCGAGCUCAUCGCUAAGAUCUGGAUCACUUGCGUCUUUGGCACCGUCACUCUGACGGCCAUCGUUGUGAAAACGUAUGAACAUGCUUUUGUCAACCUGACAAUCAAGGUUCCUGUCGUUGGCUUGGCCCCGACGCGCAAGAGCAACACGUUCUCACCGGCUGUCAUCAAUCCAACCGGUUCGUCGUUCUUCGAAACUAGAACGAGGGACGACAGGACGGCAGACAACAAGGGAGGACGCUAUGCGCUGCGCAAGCAGGAUUCCGACCUAGUCCCGCUCAAGGAAGUUGCCGAGUCGCCGUCGAGUCCCACAGCGGGUCAGCCUGUUUUCUCCACGCCAUCGAUGCUUAGUUCACAGUCGCCAAGAGCAAGUAAGCCUAGCUCCCCCGACAUUCGGGCGCCUGCCGGCGGCCACGUGAACGAAUCAGCCGCAAGAAAUCAAGGAGGAGUGUGGUACCGCCUUUGGGAACCAUGAGAAGCAUCAUAGAUUAUCCUAGCUUCUUUCGUCUUCUGUAGCUCUGGUAGCUGCUAAGGAGUGCCGUGUAGAGCCUUCCUGCUACGCCGUGCUUCCUUAUAAUAUAGCAACGCCCAUUGUUUGAAAUGUACUUGAAGCACGACCCUGUCUAUUUC